GGACGUGCUCUCUGUGCUCUCCCUGUCGCACUCUGGUCGAAGGAAGGCCACACGGUCUGGGAUCCGCCUUUUCUCGCUUUCUGGUAUACUUUGUUUCUUCUUCUCUGCGCAGGUCGCCCGCUACUUGUCUUCAUGAUGUCCACGUCUAGCCGGUGCUCCUCGCUCUCUCUCGCGCUCCUCGUUCUUUCCUUGGUCCAGCUCGCUUUGGCCGUCCCUCUCCCUGCUUCCGCUCCGGCGCCUAUCCUGAAGAGCAGCAAGUCCUCGACGUCCACCAAGCCUAAGAAGGGCGGAAUCGUGCUCCCGUUCGGACGCCAACGUAGAGAGGUCAAAAGACAGGACCAGAACGGAGAUGUACUCGGUGGGGAAGUCGGUCUCGGUGACAAUUCAGACCUGUAAGUCACAAGCGUACGACGUCUGUCGACGCCCGAGACCGAUGCAUGUCUAGUUUCUACACCGUUGCCGUGACAGUCGGUGACUCCACUACUGCUGUCAACCUCGACACCGGAUCGAGCGACCUAUGGGUCAUGUCUAGUGCUUGCAAGACCACCCAAUGCCAGCGUUCUACCGCGCAACCUUACGAUCAAAAGACAUUCAAGUCCUUAGGCAACACCGUUCAGCUGCAGUAUGGCGACUCCACCAGUGGCACGCACGCGUCCGGACCCGUUGGUACCGACACCGUCACGCUCGCUGCGUUGACCAUGCAAAACCAGCCGCUGGCUGCAAUCGACGACACUGACAACUCUGCCGUCUCGAACGGGGGCGCUGGUAUCCUCGGCCUCGGCUUCCCUGCUCAAAGCUUCGUGCAAGCUUCUGCAAUCAACGCGGUAUUCCACAACCCUUCCGGUACCGACACGUUCAUCUCUCAGGUCGCCACGUAUGGGCCGAUUGUGUCGCGUCUGAUCGAGGCGGACAUGAUUGAUGAUCCCUUGUUCUCGAUCACCCUUCAGCGAGACACGAUCGAUGUUUCCGGCCAGGGCCAGAUCACCAUUGGACAGCUCCCGGAUGGCAUCGACGAGUCCAACAUCACAUGGGUCCCAGUGCGCCUCUAUGCCGCUUCCGAAGGUGGUCUUACUCCGCCGACGUUCGCUCCCAACGAGGUUUACCCCUUGCGAUGGGAGGUGCCGAUCGACGCUGUGUUCCUCGAUGGCCAGAAGCUGGCAAGCUCGACUCAGGCCGGGGCCGGCCUCAACACGUCCGAAGUGUCUGCCCUCAUUGAUACUGGUAACUCUCUCAUCCGGGGUCCCCAAGACGUAGUCAACAACAUCAUGUCCACCGUCUCCCCCGCGUUCGCCGCGAACAGCAACGCUCAACCGACCCUCCCGUGCGACCAGCCGCACACGCUCGCGUUCCAGAUCGGGGGCAAGCUGUUCCCCGUCGACCCGCGCGACUUCACGUCGCAGAACAAGAAGGGCGACGCGACGAACUGCAUCGCAAACAAUGUCGUCGGCACGGACGCGCCCUCCACCGGUGCGCUCUUCAGCUGGAGCCUCGGCGACCCGUUCUUGAAGAGCAACAUGGUCAUCUUCUACUACGGCAACCUGACGCACCCGUCUGUCGACCCCCCGCGCGUCGGGUUCAUCUCGCUCGUGCCGGACAACGCCGACCAGCUGUUCACCCAGGCGGUCAACGAUGCACAGAAGGAUGGUUCCUUCGAGUCCAAGGCGGAUGUGGCACCCACUGCGAGCACUCUGAUCACCGAGGGCGCCUCCUCGACGUCCAGCGCGAGUCAAACCAGCAUUGCGAACGGCGCGGCUUCGACGCCUGCAUCAAACCCCUCUUCUCAACCCAUCACCACGAUCACCUCGACUGCCUCCACCGCGACGUCGACGCGGUCGUCGGACUCGAAGAACUCGGCCGCAGCGUCGCUCCGCGUCCCAAGCGGUGGUGCGUGGCCGUCGGUGGUGUUCGUCACGCUCUCUCUGUUAUCUUCGCUUUGCAUUCUGUGAAUGGCUUUCCUUUGAGUUAUUAUUGGUUUGGCUUGUGUUUGGUUGUGAGAUCCGGGACUUUCAUACAUUCAUUGCUAUUGCUCACGCGCACGCGCACACUGCUCCACACCCGCACGCACUCGCUCCGUACACCGCAUAGUACGCUGCUGCAUAUCAAUCCCGUACGCAUACGUAUUCCCGGACACUCAUGGACACUGUGCUGCAUACUGCUGCUAUUUGUACUGCAUACCUUUAGUGGGAAAAGGCGUCCUUGAUCCUAAUAUUCUGCGCAAGUUGGCUUUGCGUGUCGUGCCGACACGGUUUGAUCCCAGCGGUAAUUCUUGGUUGAGAAACC